AUGCGCAGCUCAGCUCUUCUCCUCGCCUCGUUGGCGUCGUGCUCGACUGCUGCUGCCGAGACUGUCCUCGGCGUCUACCUCUUCUCCAGACACGGGGAUAGAACUGCAAAGUCCACCCCGCCAUCUAGUCUCACGGACCUUGGCUACGAAGAAGUCUUCACUUCCGGUACCUACUAUCGCAACCGCUACAUUGCUAGCGAUGCCGGCCGUCGCAUCUUCGGCAUCGAGCCUGACCUGGUCAAGCUGUCUCAGAUCACUGCCUCUGCACCGGCCGACAAUGUCCUCAUGCCCUCCGCCAUGGGCUUCCUCCAGGGCCUCUACCCACCCGUCGGCGAGACUCUGGGCAGCCAAACCCUCCGCAACGGCACCGUCGUCCAAACUCCGUUGAAUGGCUUCCAACUUAUCCCAUUGCAGACUGUGCAGAAUGGCGCUAACAGCGAAAACUCUGCCUGGCUGCAAGGCUCGACGAACUGCGCCAAUGCUCAGAUCAGCUCCAACAACUACUUCCAGAGCAGCCAAUACAAGGACACUUUGGAACGCACAAAGGGCUUCUACACGGAUAUGUAUCCCUUCGUUAAUCGGACUUUCACCGAAGCCCAGAGCAGCUUCAAGAAUGCUUACACCAUCUUCGACCUGCUCAACGUAGCCAGCAUCCACAACGCAAGCAUCCCGCUCCCCGACGAUGCCGAUCUCUUUCAGCUGCGUACCCUGGCUGAUCAACACGAAUGGGGUCUCGCGUACAACGAGAGUGAGCCUAUCCGUGCCGUAACCGGGGCAAUCAUGGGUGCUCAGGUCGUCGAGGCCCUCAACAGCACCAUCACCGGCAAGGGCAAGAACGUGUUCAACAUUCAGUUCGGCGCGUAUGCCGGGAUGAUGUCCUACUUCGGCCUUGCCAACCUGACCAUGGCCAACCCCAACUUCUACGGCGUUCCCGACUAUGCCUCUAGCCUUGUGUGGGAGCUCGUGACGAACGCGACGGUCGAGAGCGGCGCUGCCUACCCCUCGGCCGACGACAUCAGCGUGCGCUUCUACUUCCACAAUGGCACCACCUCGAACAUCAGCGAGCCCGUCGAAUUCCCCCUGUUCGGCACCGGCCGCUCUCCCAUCCCCUGGUCUGAAUUCGUCGCUUCGUCGAACAAGUUCGCCAUCGGCUCUCAAUCCCAGUGGUGCAGAGCCUGCGGCAACUCCACUGGCGUGUGCAGCCCCAGCGUACUGGGCGAGGAUGGCUCUGGUGCGGACAGUGCCUCGAGCUCGAGCUCAUCAGACCAUCACUCCGGAAUCAGCAAGGCUGUGGCUGGCGUGAUAGGCGCGAUGGUCACAUUGGGCGUCAUCCUUGGUGCCGAAUUGUUGAUAAUGUUGGUUGGCGGACUUCAACUCGUCAGCAAGAAGAGGCUUACUAGGACCAAUAGCAACGGAUCUAGUGGCGUGAUGAGCAACAGUGUUGAAGGAAAGGCUUAG